UUCAGAAAGUACAUUCUGAUAACAAGGUGGCCAGAGGAACCAAACAUGGAGAAAGUCAAGCGUGUUUUAAUCAACAACGUAGACUCAUACGCAUCUAAAUAUAUCGCCAAGUUAUUGUCUGAGCAUGUACCCAGUCCUGUUGGAGACACUGAGGCUGAAGAUAAAAAGCAUCACAUGUCUCAGGACAGUGAAGCAGGAGGCUUUCACAUCAUUGGGACCGUGUGUGACAAGUCUGAGGAGGACAGAUCUCAUGUUUCUGAGGAGCAUUUUCAACUACAAAGAGACCAGCUUUUCCAGAAACUGAUGGACUGUGAUGUCAUCAUCUACAACAUUACCCAGCAUGCCGAUCAGGUGGAAGAGGCUUCAUGGGCAGUUUCAGCUCUCCAUGACGAAAUGGGCAGUUUCACUGGUUUGAAGAUAUUCAUUCUCGUUUCCACGGUGAUGACCUGGGCAUGCAGCAAGCCAGUGGAUCCAGAUGAUCUGGAGCUUCCUUUCACUGAUGAUGACUUCAGGAGAAGAAAAGCACAUCCCAACUUCAUUCCACACAUCACUCUGGAAAAGCUUGUGGUGAAAGCAGGCAAAACUAAUAGAGCAUUGUUAUCAACGUACGUGGUGGCAUCAGGACUUCAGUAUGGGAUGGAUGAGCACGUCUUCCACCUCUUUUUCAAGAUGGCGUGGCUGGGACAGGAAGUACCUGUGUUUGGAGAUGGCAACAAUAUUGUUCCCAUGAUUCACAUAAUUGACCUGGGAAGGAUUAUUCUGAAUUUGAUUGAAAACCGUCCCAAGCCUUAUUACCUGCUAGCUGUGGACAAGUCCCACAACACUAUGGAGGACAUUGUGAAGAUAAUUUCAUCUUUUCUUGGAUCAGGGAAAAUCCAAAAAAAGCCAUUUGAAGAUGCCUUCCUCCAACAGGACUUGAGCGUUUUUGAAAUUGAUUCCAUGCUGAUCAACCUUCGCAUGGAAGCCGCUCAUGUCACUGAGCUGUUCUCCAUCCAGUGGCAGUCUGAGGAUGGUCUAGUGAAGAACAUAGAGGUAGUGUCAGAGGAGUAUCAACAGAGCAGGGGUCUACUGUCCAUCCGUCUGUGUGUGCUGGGCCCUCCUGCUGUGGGGAAGAGCACGAUGUGCAGACAGAUCUGUCAGCAUUAUAAACUCCAUCACAUCAGUCUGCACGAGACCAUCUCUGAAGCCAUCAAAGAACUGGAAGAUACAGUAAAGAACACUGACUCAGAAACUGAGAACGAGGAGUCUGCUGGAGUCUCGAAGCUGCUGAACAGCCUGAAGGAAAGUAUGGAACAGAACAAAGGGCAUUUGGAUGAACAGCUUCUGGUGAAGGUGGUACAGGAUAAGCUGCUGUCUAACCCUUGCAGAAAACAGGGCUUUGUUCUGGAUGGUUUUCCCAGGACUUAUGAAGAAGCUAAAAACCUCUUCUAUGAUCAAGAACACGAAUCAGCGGAUGGACCGUCAAAGAAUCCUUUGCACAAGAUUAUCCCAGAGUUUUUGUUGUGCAUGGAUGCUUCGGAUGCUUUCCUGACUGAUCGCGUGAUGAACCUGCCACAGAAACUGGUGGAGGAGCACAAUUAUCAUCAGGAGCACUUCUUGCAGCAGCUAAGCAUUUACAGAGAAAGCAAAAUGAGAAGUGAUGCUGUUCUCAACUGCUUUGAUGAGCUGGAUAUCAUCCCUCUAUGCGUAGAGGUUACCAGCGAUGACAAACCUGACACCCUGCUGCUCAUGCAGAAAGUAAUUGACUUUGUGGGAAAGCCCAGGAACUAUGGCCCCAGCAGCCAGGAGGUGGAGGAAGAAGAGAGGAGGGAGGCUGAGGAGAGGAGGAAGUGUGAGGCCCAAAAGAAGGCUGAGGAGGAACAGAGGGAGGCAGAGGAAGCCAUGCUGAGAGCUUCACAGUGGGAGAAGUGGACUGCAGGCUUACUCGUGGUACAGCAGCAAGAGGAGGAGCUGCUGGAGGUGCAGUCAGUGCCAUUGAGGAACUACCUGAUGGAGCACGUCAUGCCCACGCUGACCCAGGGCCUGGCUGAGUGCUGCACCAUCCGUCCACACGACCCCGUGGACUUCCUGGCGGAGUACUUGAUUCGGAACAAUCCUUUAAACUACUGAAAGCUGAUUUAAAUAUUUGUGGAAACGCUUCAGGAUGUGGCCAGGAGUUAAGAAAAUAAAAUGCACUUUGUUAUUUUAAAUAAAGUGGUUUCCACUGAGCAUUUGUAGUGGACUUAGAGCUUGUGGUGUAUUUCAUGUCUUCACGCUGGGAGUUUGAUUAUGUUUGUUUUGUAAGUGGCUCAUUCUUCACGCCUGUUGGUUUUACACACUGCUUGUGUGUUAGCCACGACGUAAAAUCAUCCAGAUCACAACAAGAUGAUGAAGCCAAACGCUAAUUAGGAUGUUA